AUGGGGUGUGGAGGAAACCCGUGGGGAUGGGGGACACCUUCAGGGACUGGGGACAGCUCUGAGGACUGGGAAUACCUAGAGGAAUGGGGAGGUCCCUGUGAGGAUGGGAACACAUUCGCCUGUGAGGAAGGGCGCUCUGUGAGGGUAGGAGACACCUGUGGGGAUGAGGACUCUGUGGGAAUAGAAGGGGUGGUUCGGAACUCUUGCAAGAAGGCAGUGAAGAGAAGCUCAUGCACGGUCAGCAGCCCUAGAACUGGAGAUGGUCGCAGUGGGAGUGGAGGGCAGGGGAGCAGAGAAUUUACGGGGUACAGUGCAGGGAUGACCCUAUCAGACACACAGGCGCCCGCCCCUUCCGCUCUCAGCAUGACCUACAUUCCUGCACAGCUUGUAUCUCCCCAAACGGCCCUGACAGGAGUGCCCUCUGACCCUGACCCGGGCCACGAGGGUCAGGAUGAGAGCCUGGAGGCAGAGGAAGAAUCCGCCAGCCCCAUGGACCCCCGCACCCUGAAGCCGUCACCGUCGCCAGUUCUGCAGAACCGGCCCUUCCUGGUGGUGUGGAACGCCCCCACCUCCCGCUGCCGAACGGCCUUCGGUCUGCCCCUGCCCCUGGAGCCCUUUGGCGUGGUGACCAACGACCAGGAGGUCUUUGCUGGCGGCAACAUCACCAUCUUCUACCAGCAUCAGCUGGGGUUGUACCCACACUACCGGGCGGCCCCAGCUCCAGUGCCUCUGCCGGUGCAUGGCGGCUGCCCACAGAAUGCCAGCCUCCGUGCCCACCUGGACGCCAUGGAGCGAGACCUGGAGGCGGCCAUCCCCUCCCGGACCUUCUCCGGUCUCUCUGUCAUUGACUGGGAGACCUGGCGCCCGCUCUGGGUCCGGAAUUGGGACAAGAAGGGGGUCUACCGCACCAUGUCCACUCAUCUGGUGCGCCAGCGCUACCCCACCUGGCCCCAGGGUCGGGUGGAGCUGCAAGCCCAGUGGGAGUUUGAGACAGCAGCCGCCCGCUUCAUGUCUGAGACACUGCGCCUGGCACGGGCACGGAGACCAGGGGGGUGGUGGGGCUUCUACCUCUUCCCCGACUGCUACAACUACCAUUAUUGGGAGGACUUUGAAAACUUCACGGGGCACUGUCCAGGCAUCGAACGGCAGCGCAAUGAUGCCCUGCUCUGGCUCUGGGAGCAGAGCCGGGCUCUGUACCCCUCCAUCUACCUGGAGGAGGUGCUCCGGGGCUCGGCCCAGGGGGAGCGCUUUGUGAGGGCCAAAGUGUGGGAGGCCCUGAGGGUGGCCGAGCUGCCCUCCUCCACCCGCUACUCACUGCCCGUCUUUGUCUACGCCCGACCCUUCUACUCCUAUACCCUGAAGGAGCUGGCACAGGUUGACCUGGAGCACACCAUCGGUCAAGCGGCUGCCAUGGGGGCCCAGGGCGUGGUGCUCUGGGGGGAGGCAGACUAUGCCAGGAACCAGAGUACCUGCCUGAAGAUGCACCAUUACCUGCUGAGCAGGCUGGGCCCUUAUGUGCUGAACGUGACCACGGCAGCUGCCCUCUGCAGCAGGACCCAGUGCAACGGGCACGGCCGCUGUCGCCGCCGGGUCCCGGAUUCGCCCACCUACCUGCACCUGGAGCCCAGCACCUUCCAGAUCCACGUGGCCACAGCAGCCAAUCACACCCAGGCUUCUAUUCGAGGCCAACUGGGCCCCAGGCAGCGGGAGGCCCUGGGCAGAGACUUCAUCUGUCACUGCUACCAGGGCUGGCAGGGGGACGGGUGCCAGGAGAGCAAUGGGCCCGGGGAGACACUGUCCCUGUCCCUGCUGCUUCUAGCUGUCAGCCCUGGGGGGCUCUGGGUGUGGACUCUGUGA